AUGAACGAAUUUCCUGAAUAAAUAGAUAUUUCAAAACUUAGAAUAGAUUUAGGACAAUAAUGGAAUGAAAUAGAAUUGGAAGUGUUUUUAAAGAGUAUGAAUGAAUGAAUAAAUUGAUUUUAGUCUUUAGGUAAUAAUAAUUGGCAGGGGUUGGCAGAAUGUAAGAGACUUUGAGACAAUUAGGAUAUCAAAGAACAACAACAAAUUUAUUAUCUGUAUAUAAGAAGGUAAGAUUAAUUAUGGAUGAAGAAUAAAAACUUCUUGGAAUCAAAUCAAAAUUGUACCGCCCAUGACUUGUAUCUGAUAUUAAGAGAUCAUUAUGAAUAAAAUGAACCUUGUGAUAUACGACCUAUUAAGAAGAUUAAGAAAAAUUAAAAUUGUAUAGAUUAUCGCAUAAACACAAGAUCGUAAGAGUAUUCCUUAAAAAUUCGAUAUGGAUGAGAAUGCAAAGGAUAUGACAUAUUAUUUCAGUAAAACAUAAUGUUUCAAUAAUGAAAUUGUUUAUGAUAACAAAAAUAUUAGUCAGAAUGUAUUUAUACAUAAUUUUAAAUUCAAGUUUUGUAAAUGGAUUUAACAUGAAUAUUUUUAUUCACAUUUAGAUUAUACUUAUUUUAGUCUAAAUGAAUUUUAAUAGAUGUUAAGUAAAGCAAGUAUUCCUUUGGGAUCAAAAUCUAUAGCAGAAUGGAGAAUUAUAAAAAUGGUAGAAUUUCAUUUAAAAUUUAUUAGGCUGUAGGAUAACCUAGAAGAUUUUCAUUUUAUUUUCUUUAAUAAGAAAUGAGUAAAUUGACUAAAUAUCGAUCUGUUAUUAGAAACUACUUAUUUGAUUAGAAUUAUCCUAUUCAUAGAGAUAUAAGAAAUCUAGAUCUUAUACAUGAUAUUGUUAGAUUGGCACCAUUUAAUGUUGGUUAAACAGUAUAUGCUAUUCAUCCUAUAUGCAAACAUGUUCAUGUUGGAUCUAUCUUAUCUACUAAUUUACCUAGUAUAACUAUUAAAUUUUCAUAACCAGAAUUAGGAAUUCACAAGAUAUCAGAUUAAAAUAUAUAAUUGUAUAUAUGAAUUAUUUAUUAUCAUAAGAGAAGAGAAGUUUAUUAGUAAAUAAAUGAGUGAUGAUCGAUUUGAUAUGCAAUAAUAAUUAAGUUUUAAUACAUAGAAUGAAAACAAAAAUACUUUGAUUUCUAGUAUUGUAUAAGAAUUAGAUCAUUAUGCUGCAGCAUUUAUGAUUAGAAUUUUAUAGAGGUAUCAUAAUUUAGCAUUUCAGAAAAUAUGCUUUGGUUGGACAUUUAAAGUAAUUAAGUUAGAGAUUAUAAAAUGAACCAAAUCUUAUAGAAGAUUAAGAAUUUAAAGCACUUUAUUAAUGGUCAUUGUAAUAAAUAAAGAAUUUUGAUUCUGCUUCUAAACAUGUUAUGACUAAGUUUAGAAUGAGAGGAUUAAGUGGUUAUUGUAAAUAAAAUUUAUUAAUAUAUUUAAAGCUUUGUAAUAGGUGAAUAAUAAUCUAGAUAAGGUAUUGAGUAUGCCAUUGGCUUAUAUGGAGAGAGAAUUAGAUUAGAAUAAUGUUGAACCUGAAGAAGAGAAGAAAAAUCUUGAAAUAAAGUAGAUCAUUCAUAAAUAAUAAGAUGUAUAUAUAUGUUAUUUCUUAUUUCAAAGGAAAAAAUAAAUUCAUAAUUAAAUUCAUUACUAAUGUAAAAGUUUUAAUUUUUAGAGAAUGAUAAUUGUAAUUAUUUAUCUUAUGAUUUCAUUGUGAAUAGAAUUAAAACCAUUAGUUUAAUCACUUUUUGGUCUAUUAUUUACAUUAAAUAAUAGUCAAGAUUUGAAUAUGAAUUCCAAUACACAUUGGCAAACAUUAAAAUAAAAUAUCUAAGAAUCACAUCCUUAGUAAUUAUAAGAGAUAUAAGAAUCAAUAUUAAGAAUAGUAGGUAAUCAUAGUAAAUGA